GUAGCAACUUGUCAGAACAUGCAGCGAUAUCAACUAUAUCUUUGUAACUUAUCAUUAUAACAUUGCGUAAUCAUUAUAUCGCGUUUUAUAAUACUCAUAUAUACAACUUGUGACAUACAUGUAUGAAUGUGUUAUAAAGAAUGUAAGAAUGUAUAAAAUUGUAUGAUAGGGAGAUAAAGAGGAAGGGGUUACAUCAUUCAAUUUACUCUGAGCUAUUGAAACGUUAUAAACUUAUUAAUAAACUCUCUUAUUUACACUAUAUCAAGCGCUACUACUGCUACGGCACUACUGCAAGCAAAUUAAACAUGGUGAAGCAGUGGUUUGUCGUUGGUAUAUCUGGUGCAACCUGUAGUGGAAAAAGUACAUUGGCUAAUAAAAUCCAUGAUAAUUUUCCAACAUCCGUUCUGGUGUGUCAAGACAAUUAUUUUUUGCCACCAGACGAUCCACGUCAUGUUAAGAUACAGGAAUUGAAUCACCUAAAUUGGGAGCUAUCAACAAGCUUGGAUAUGCAAAAAAUGUAUUCAGAUGUUAUAAGGAUACUUCAGUCUCCCGAAAAAAAUCCAACCGAUUCAAAGACGUUAUUGAUAUUGGAUGGUUUCUUGCUCUUCGAACAUAAGGCCAUCACAGAUUUAUGUGAUUGUAAAUACUUUUUAACGUUGACAAAGGAGCAAUGCUGGGAACGAAGAAAAAAUCGUAUAUAUGAGCCGCCUGAUGUGCCGGGAUAUUUUGACAAAAUAGUAUGGCCCGAAUUUGUAAAGUACAAAAAUGAAAUUAUACAAGACAAUGAGCUAUAUGAAACUAUAACAUUUAUCGAUGGAUCGAAGGAUGUGGAAGAAAUUUGUGAAAUGGUUUUCAAGAAAAUUGAUCAAUUAUUAUCUUAAAAAUGUAACUCAGUUUAACUCUUCUUGU